GAUGGGCUUGGGCAGCGUGACAUCUCUGCGCGAGCUGGAGGCGAUCGUGGCGCGGGGCUCAGCGGUGGUGCUGCAUUUCUCUCCGCGCCAAGGCAAGGACGUGGAGGAGGCGGAGGAGCUCCUGAACCGCCUCUCCGCCGACACCCCACAGGCAACAUUCCUCCGGAUCAACGCUGACGAGCAGGCGGAGAUAGCACACAAGUUUGGAGUACCAGUGGAUGCUGCGGCGCCCUUCCUCGUCUUCAUCCAGAACUGCGAGGUCGUGGACACUCUCGAGGGUGCCAAUCCUGCUCAAAUGGCGCACAAGGUAGCCAAGGUCGCGGGCCCGCCAUCGCUGGUGAGCGCUGCGCAGCCAUCCAGCCUGGGGAUGAGCGCGGCGCCAUACCUCGUCCAGGCUGUGCAACGAGGGGCACCGCCGCAUUCGAGCGAGGCCGGCUUAUAGGCUAGUUCGUCCGCCGAGAGGAUUAGGGUUAGGGUUUAUCGUGAGCAGCAGCGCUAUGGAGCUGGAUGUGGACGCCAAGACUAUCAAGCGCGUGGAGCUCUACAGAUGGCGCGGCGUCGCCUGGCAGCUGGAUGUGUGGCCGUUUGUGCUGCUCUAUGUUGCCUGGGCAUUGCUGCUGCUUCCCCAGCUCGAUUUUAUGGAUGCCGCGAUCGUCUUGCUCGGCCUGGCUUUGCUCCACAUUCUCGUCGUGCUCUUCACUGCCUGGUCGGUGGAUUUUCGCUGCUUCAUGCACGCUUCUAAGGUGAAUCGUGUGCGCGAGGCCGACGUCGUCAAAGUUGUUCCUGCCAAGUUCUCCGGCUCCAAAGAAGUUGUUCCCUUGGUGCAUACAACCCUGGAAGUCGGAUCCAAGAAUUCGAUAUCGUCUCAGCCAGAGCAUAGCUUCGAGUUUCGCAAGCAAAAGUUUAUCUUUUCAGACGAUACCUUUCGCAAGCUUCUCUAUCCGUCCAAAGAGACGUUUGGCGUGUACAGCAGAAGUAGCGGCUAUGGAACGGAUGCGAAAGAGAAGGCCGCUUUGGGCAAAUGGGGCCGGAACGUCUUUGAGUUCCCUCAACCUACGUUUCAGAAGCUAAUGAAGGAGCACUGCAUGGAACCGUUCUUCGUUUUCCAGGUGUUUUGUGUAGGCCUAUGGUGCCUUGACGAGUACUGGUACUACAGCAUCUUUACGCUCUUCAUGUUGAUCCUUUUCGAGUCCACUGUCGUCAAAUCCCGCCUGAAAACGCUCGCGGAAUUGCGUCGCGUGCGAGUGGAUAGUCAGACAAUUCAUGUGUAUCGCACUGGGAAAUGGUUAAAACUCUCAGGAGUAGAUCUUUUACCGGGAGAUCUUGUAUCAAUCGGUCGAGCCACAGGGCAAACAAGCGAAGAACGCACGGUACCAGCCGAUAUGCUACUUCUUGCCGGGACGGCUAUCGCCAAUGAAGCUCUUCUGACGGGUGAAUCGACACCACAGUGGAAGGUUUCCAUUGUAGGCCGCGAUAUGGAGGAGAAGCUGUCAAUCCGAAAGGAUAAAGCUCACGUACUUUUUGGGGGAACUAAAAUACUUCAGCAUACUCCAGACAAGGCUAGUCACUUGAAAACUCCGGACGGUGGUUGUUUGGCUGUCGUACUACGCACGGGCUUCGAAACGAGCCAAGGGAAGCUAAUGCGGACUAUACUUUUCUCUACCGAGAGGGUUACUGCAAACAAUUGGGAGAGUGGUCUUUUCAUUCUGUUCCUUGUCUUCUUUGCUCUGGUUGCGGCCGGGUAUGUCCUCAAGCAGGGGCUAGAGCACCCAACGCGCAGCAAAUUCAAGCUGUUCCUGAAUUGCUCUAUGAUAAUAACUUCUGUUAUACCGCCGGAGUUGCCGAUGGAACUCUCGAUUGCAGUGAAUACCUCUCUCAUAGCUCUUGUACGACGUGGAAUCUAUUGCACUGAACCUUUUAGAAUACCUUUCGCGGGGAAGGUUGAUACUUGUUGUUUUGAUAAAACUGGGACUCUCACGAGCGAUGAUAUGGAAUUUCUUGGGGUUUGCAACAUGGAGGGGAAAGGCUCUCAUCUCGAGAGCGAUCCUACGAAACUCCCUGAUCGUACUCUGCAGAUUUUGGCCGCCUGCCACGCCCUUGUUUUCGUGGAUAACAAACUGGUGGGAGAUCCUCUUGAGAAGGCUGCUCUGAAAGGUGUGGAUUGGUCUUACACAGCCGAUGAGAAGGCUGUUGCCCGCAGGGGAAGCGUGCCAGCCGUUCAAAUCAUACAGAGGCAUCACUUUUCUUCUUCUUUGAAACGAAUGUCCACCGUUGUGCGUAUAGAUGAGAACUUUCUGGCCUUCACAAAGGGUGCACCUGAAACAAUUCAAGAAAGACUGGUUCACGUUCCUGAGUCUUACGUCCACACAUAUAAGACGUAUACACGGCAGGGAGCUCGAGUUUUAGCUUUAGCUUACAAAGUCCUUCCAGACAUUCCGGUGGGCGAGGCUCGAUCGUUAGAAAGGCAGAGCGUUGAAAGCGAUUUAGUUUUUUGUGGUUUUGCGGUUUUUGCUUGUCCUCUCAGGAAGGAUUCGGCCUCCGUUCUGAAAGACCUCAAAGAUUCGUCUCAUGAUCUGGUGAUGAUAACAGGGGAUCAAGCUCUUACGGCUUGUCAUGUUGCUGGUCAAGUUCACAUUGUCUCUCAGCCAGUUUUAAUCUUGACUCCUCCAUCAAACGGGCAGGAUGGUUUUAAUUGGCUUUCGCCUGACGAGGAAACGAAGAUAGCUUACGAGGUAGAGAAGAUCCAGAUAUUGGCGGACAACUAUGACCUGUGCGUUUCUGGUGACGGACUUGCUAUGCUCCAGCGUACAGGUGCACUAGAAUCAGUGUUACCUUUCGUAAAGGUGUAUGCAAGAGUUGCCCCGGAUCACAAGGAGCUCAUUCUCAUCACCUUGAAGGAUGUGGGUAGAACGACCCUUAUGUGCGGCGAUGGUACAAACGACGUCGGUGCUCUGAAACAGGCGCACGUAGGGGUCGCACUACUUAAUGCUGUAGAAGUGCCUGGAAAAUCGCCAUCGGCCUCCAGCUCUACCGGUAGGCAUUGCACUUUAUAUUCUUCGUUGUCCAACAGCCUCUAUAGUGACAGUGAAGAGACAAAGGGCCCGACAUCCUCGCAGACAAGUCGUCCGAACAGUGCUGCCAGUCGUGCCGAGCAGCAAAGGCAGAAAUUGAAGCAGAUGAUGGACGAGAUGAAUUCGGACGACGGUAGAAGCGCUCCCGUGGUGCGACUUGGUGAUGCGUCCAUGGCGUCCGCGUUUACUGCCAAGCACGCAUCGGUGCAGCCAACGGCCGAUAUCAUACGUCAAGGCAGGAGCACUCUGGUGACGACGUUGCAGAUGUUCAAGAUCCUGGGCCUGAAUUGCCUGUCAACGGCCUAUGUGCUCAGUGUCAUGUACCUGGAUGGCGUGAAGCUUGGCGACGUGCAGGCAACAAUCAGUGGUCUCUUCACGGCGGCAUUCUUCCUUUUCAUCUCGAACGCACGACCUUUAAGCACACUGUCCGCUCAGAGGCCGCACCCCAACAUCUUCUCCGCCUACGUGAUCAUAUCCAUGCUGGGACAGUUUGCGAUGCACCUCUGCUUCCUGGUUUCCGUCGUCCGGGCUGCCGAGUCGUAUAUGCCCGAGGAGUGCGUGGAGCCGGACUCGGACUUCACCCCCAACCUGGUGAACACGGUCUCGUACAUGGCCAACAUGAUGAUUCAAGUGGCUACGUUUGCGGUGAACUACAUCGGCCACCCGUUCAACCAGAGUAUCCGAGAGAACAAGCCGUUCUUCUACGCCUUAACAGCCGCAGCUCUGUUCUUCACAACCAUCAGCUCCGACCUGCUGAGGGACCUGAAUGACUGGCUCAGGCUGGUUCCACUGCCAAAGCCGCUUGGGUGGAAGCUGCUGCUGUGGGCGGGGAUGAUGUCGCUUGGCUGCUUUGUUUGGGAGAGGCUUCUACGGGCUCUCUUCCCCGGAAGGCGACCACUUACACGGAGCAAGGCGAGCAGUAACGUCGAUAAGAAGGUGCAGUAGUAGAUUGGUUCUCGACUGGAGGGGCAAUCCUUUUGACGGAGAGCUUGUACGACGAGUUCUUGGCAGACGAAAUUUUUUGAAGCCUUUAAAAGUCGUGGAA